AUGUCAUCUUUAACCUAACAAAUGGAGUUGCAUCAUAAAUAUUCAUUAAAAGAAUCUUUAUUAAAUGAAGCUAAUGUUUCAGAAUAAAGAGAAUUAUGUUUAGAAAUAUCGGAUGUCAUAGCACAAAAUUAAUAAUUUUAAAAUAAGGCAACAUUAGCAAUGGAAGAAAGAGCAGAGAAAGAAUAAUAAUAAUAAAAAUAAUUUAUUUUGAAGAAAAUAUCUUAAUUAUAUCUUGAUAAUUUAGAAGGAGCAUAAAAAAAAUUAAGUACAAUUAAUGACAUAUUAUAGAUAUUUUGUAUUCAUUACCAACUUUGAGACCAAAAUAAAUAGUCUUAUGGAAAUUAUUAAUCAAUCUAUUAACACUAUUUGUUUUUUUUGAAAUUCCUGUAUACAUAGCAUUUGGGGAAAAGUUUUGGAAAGUAUAAAAAUAUCUAUUUUAAGGAAUUAGAUUCUAUUUAGAAAGUUGCAACAUUAUAUUAUACAAUAUCACUUUUAUUAGUUAUUGAUAUGGGAUUAGAUUUUAUUACAGCAUAUUAUAAAAAUGGAAUUGUGAUUACUGACAGUAAAAAAAUAGCUAUAAAUUACUUAUAUGGGAAUUUCUUCUUUGAUCUAAUAGCUGUAAAAUUUUAUUAAAUUAAAAUAGUUAAUAAUCUCAAUAGCUCGAUUAUCUUUAUUUAUAUCUUAAUAUAGAUUCAUCUUUUUAAUAUUUUACUUUAAACUACCCUCAUUUUUAAUGUUUGAUGAUCAAUUAAAUGAAAUGCUUUUACUUUAUAGAAGAAGGAGAGUGAUUUAUGAGGUUGGAAAAAAAAUUAUAUUUAUGUUUUUUGCUUUUAAUGUAUUUUUGUGUAUAUUUUACAUGGUUGGUUUAUAUUGUGUAAACUCACAUUAUAAUUCUUGGUUAACAAAUCCUGGAAAUUAUGGAAUUAUUUUGGAUCGACCAUACCAUGAAAUAUAUUUUUUUGGAUUUUACUUUUCUUUAGGAACAAUAUCAACAACUAUGGGUUAUGGUGAUAUAGUAAAUGAUAAUUUAAAAUUGUUAGUCUCCUAUGAAUAUGAUAGAAUUAUCUUGGUGCCUGUUUGGAAUUAUGUUUGGACUUUUUAUUUUUGCAAAUAACAUCAAUUCAUUUCAAAAAAUGAUGGAAGAAUAUAAUUUAAAUGAUCUUAAACAAUUUAAAUAUAAAGUGAGUAUCAAUACAUUUAUGGAAUAAAAGUAAGUACCUUCUGAAUUAUAAGAAAUAAUUAGAUAAUAUCUUAAUGAAUAUUGGAAUUAAUAAGGACUUAGAGAUCAGGAAUAGGAAAUAUUAGUUUUUUAAAUGUUAGCUCCAGAAUUAAAAUAAGAAUUAAUGUAUUAAUCAUAUGGAUAAUUUCUAUAAACUACUUUUUUCUCAAAAUAUUUUUCUAAGGCUUUUUUAAAAGAUCUUUCAGAAAAAAUAACAGAAGUUAAUUAUUCAACUGGAAAUAUGAUAAUUGAAGCAGGUGAUUCAAAUGAUGAUCAAAGCUUUUAUUUUAUCUAAAGUGGAACUGUUAUUAUUAAAUGUGGUAAUUCUGAUAUUGUCAAAAAGAAAUUGAUAAAAGGAGAUAGUUUUGGUGAAUUUGCUUUUAUAACAGGUAUUAAAUUUAGAAUUUAAAAUAAAAGGACAAGCAAGAACAGCCACAGCUUAUUCAUAAGAAUAUAGUUAAUUACAUAAAAUAUCAAGAAAUGAUUUUUUAGAAAUAUUACAACACUAUCCUGACGAUUAUGAAAUAUUUUGCAAUCUAAGAGAUGGAUUAAUCUUUUCUUCACAAUUUGAAACAGUUGGUUAAUUUUGUUGGACUUGUCAUAAAUUUGAUCAUUAUGCAAAUUCAUGUCCAUUUACUCAUUAUAUUCCUUAAGUUUAGCAUUUAGUUGAUAAUGCAACUAUUAUAGGUACAAAUUAAGAAAGAAUUAAAAUAUAAAGAUAUGAUAGAAAAUAAUGGCCAACUAGAAAGAAUUAAAAAAUAUUAGUAAAUGGUUUGAAUAAAUCUAAAAUUCAAAAAUAUGCUAAUGUUAUGGUAUUUGAUAAUUUUUAUUGAAUUAGUUGAAAACUGCAAGAAAUAUAAAUUAAUAAAAGUCAUCAAAUUCUCCUUUAAAGAAAUAAACAAGUAUACAAUAAAGGGAGUAAUCUUUUGGUGAUUCUAAAUUAAAUAUAAUCAAAUCUGAAUCAAUAUAGGAUGAUUCUUUAAGAUAUUAAGAAGAAAAUGUUUAAUCCUCAGUUCAAGAAUCCUAAGUUCAAGAAUCCUAAGUUCAAGAAUCAAAAGAAGUAGAGAGAAAUAGUCUUAAAAAUUUAUAAACAAAACUUAAUUAAUAUAGAGAUUAACAUGAAUAUUCAAUACAUUAGGGAUUAGAUUACUUUNAAAUGUUAGCUCCAGAAUUAAAAUAAGAAUUAAUGUAUUAAUCAUAUGGAUAAUUUCUAUAAACUACUUUUUUCUCAAAAUAUUUUUCUAAGGCUUUUUUAAAAGAUCUUUCAGAAAAAAUAACAGAAGUUAAUUAUUCAACUGGAAAUAUGAUAAUUGAAGCAGGUGAUUCAAAUGAUGAUCAAAGCUUUUAUUUUAUCUAAAGUGGAACUGUUAUUAUUAAAUGUGGUAAUUCUGAUAUUGUCAAAAAGAAAUUGAUAAAAGGAGAUAGUUUUGGUGAAUUUGCUUUUAUAACAGGUAUUAAAUUUAGAAUUUAAAAUAAAAGGACAAGCAAGAACAGCCACAGCUUAUUCAUAAGAAUAUAGUUAAUUACAUAAAAUAUCAAGAAAUGAUUUUUUAGAAAUAUUACAACACUAUCCUGACGAUUAUGAAAUAUUUUGCAAUCUAAGAGAUGGAUUAAUCUUUUCUUCACAAUUUGAAACAGUUGGUUAAUUUUGUUGGACUUGUCAUAAAUUUGAUCAUUAUGCAAAUUCAUGUCCAUUUACUCAUUAUAUUCCUUAAGUUUAGCAUUUAGUUGAUAAUGCAACUAUUAUAGGUACAAAUUAAGAAAGAAUUAAAAUAUAAAGAUAUGAUAGAAAAUAAUGGUCAACUAGAAAGAAUUAAAAAAUAUUAUUAAAUGGUUUGGAUAAAUCUAAAAUUCAAAAAUAUGCUAAUGUCAUGGUAUUUAAUUAUUAUAUUAAAUAAGUUGAAAACUAUGAAAAAUAUCAAUAAGCAAAAUUAAAUUAAUUCCAGAGAAACUUAGUAGAAUAAAGAUUAACAAAGUGUUUAAAAUCCUGAAUAAAAAUUAGAUUUUAAUAUAGGAGAAUAAGUAUAAAAUAAUUAAUUUAAAAAUUUAUUAGUAAGCUGAAAAUAGUAUAGACUAAGUAUAAUAAACUGAAUCACAAGUUUUAAAAAUUUAACAUAAUCUUCCAAAUUUAGAAAAUAAGCUUAAAUACUUAAGUGAACAAAAAUAAAAUUAUAUUCAUUAAGGCUUAGAUGAAUUUGAUGAACCUUGUAAUUUCAAAUUCUACCAAAAAAACUUUAAUUAUUCAAAUUACAAAGUUUUCUCAAAAAUCUAGGAAUCAAAAAUGAAGAAAUAAAUCAACAUAAGAAAAUCUAAUAUUGCAAUAAGAUUCACAUCAUAGCAAUGA